AUGGGUGAUAUGGAAAGACUGAACCCUAACUAUGUUAUCGUGUUGUCUAAUGAGGAUAAAAGCAAAGACGAUAUAAAGUUGCUACUUAAACCCUAUGGAUUGGUCACAAUUAAUACACCAGGUAACGAUAAGGAUACUUGCUAUGUGUUUACAAGAAUUGAUACUGUCGAAGCAUAUAUUGAAGUUGAAAGUACCUUACAAAACCUGAAAUGUAUUAUCGAUCAUUUUCCAUUAUUUGAUAAUGAACAUUCAAAAUCUUGGGAUUCCUUAUAUGCGCAAUUGAACCCAAAUAAAUUUGCCUUCCCAACGCCAAAUCCAUAUCAAUUAAAAUUGAUAGCGGAAAUUUCUAAGAAUCCAAAAUUAUCAUGUUAUUUUGAAUUCUUUAGCUACUACAAUAAUAAUUAUUUGAAGAAAUUGUCCAUUAUUGGGUCCUUUUUUUGGUUAAUCAGUUCUAAAAGUUCUCCUUAUGAAUUUAAUAGAUACUACACCUUUAUAUCAAUUGGUUAUUCGUUAUUUUUCCUUUCAUCGUGGCUAUAUGCAGAAAGAGACCUGUUGCUCUCUUCUUUAACACAGUAUUCUAUUUCAUCUUCGAACAUAGCUUCACGUAGCAAAGAUUCAACAACUGUUUUUGUUAAAAAAUUGUUGUCUGUUCCCAUUAUAAUCUUCUUUGCAUUAGCUUUAAUUAUUUUUCAAUUGCUCUGUUUUACCAUAGAAAUCUAUAUUACUCAAAUUUAUCCUGGAAGAUACCAGUCAAUCUUAUCAUUAUUUCCUACUGUGUUACUUUCGGUUUAUGUUCCUAUCUUUACAUUAAUCUAUGAUAAGUUUUUUGUUCGGUUCUUUGUUAAUUUCGAAAAUAGUUCAAAUCCCCAAAAGUCAACUUUACAAAAAAAAUUUGUCUUAUUAUUCCUCACUAAUUAUAUGCCACUUUUAAUUACUUUAUUUCUAUAUUUGCCAUUUGGACACCUUUUCACUGAAGAAAGAAUUAUCGCACUAUCAACUCUAGGUUUGCCUAUAAAUACGAAUGCUUUAUAUCUUUCUGUUAACACUAGGCGUCAUCAAAAACAAUUUUUCUAUUUUAUUUUUACUAACCAGAUUAUAUGCUAUGUUAUUACUUAUGUGGUUCCUGUAAUGCUAAAUAAAUUAGUUAACAAGAAAAAUAAAUCUAAUAGUGCCGAUAAUGUUACAGAAUUGACUAUUAAAAAUGAAUACCCAACAGAUUAUAGAUAUUGGAAAAGAGCUAAUACAUUCCAUGUCAAAACAACUGGUCCUUUCAAUGUAGCUGAAGGUUUCCAAAAAUUAAUACUUCAAUUUGGUUUUAUAGCCAUGUUUUCUACAAUUUGGCCUUUAGCUCCAUUGCUUGUGUUUUGUAUUAAUCAAAUUGUUUUCAAGACAGAUCUUUGGAAGUGUUUCAAAAACUCAAGACCAGCUGUAUUACCUAUCAACGUAGAAACUACCAUUAAUAAGGUAGCUCUGGAUAUGAGUCCCUGGGAUGAUAUUUUGAAAUUUGUUACUUGGAUAUCUGUCAUUGUCUGUGGUACUAUAACAUUUAUGUAUGAAUAUAGCCACUUACCUGGCAUUGGUCAUGUUACUCAAUUAGAGAAAAGAGAUCAUUGGUAUAAUUACAAUCCAUUAUCGAAAUCUUGGUCCUCCAUUUUAUUAUUUGCUGUUGUUUUGGAACAUGCUUGUAUUUUUGUCUUUUUUAUGUCGAAGAAAUAUUUCCAGGAAUACCAAGAUACUCCAAUGAAACAAUCUGAGUUUUUCUAUGGUUUAGUUCCUGAAGUAAGUUUAGAUUCUAAGAAGUCAAAUGAUGAAUACAAACAUAACUCUAAUGAGAUAAAUGAAAAGAGAACAGAUACAGAAAUUGAAAAAAUCAAUAGCAUGCAACCUGAACAAGGUGUUGAACAGUUAUCUAAGGAAAAUGUUGAGUAUAGACAAAGAAAUAAUGCUUCACAAAUUGAAAAUCAAGAUGAUGUUGCUCGCUCCUCGCUAGAAGAACAUAGUUCUAAUAUUGUAGAUACAAAGGAUGAUGAUAAAAUAAGCAAAACAGAAGCUAGCAAUUAUGAUGAUGGGUCAUUUCCAUCAGAAAAUGGUACGAUUAUAGAUCCAUCUGUUGUAUAUUGUAAUAAUUUCGCAUUAUCUGAUUCUAUUGUAGCAGGUGCUACAUUGCCACCAAUUAUUCCAACUUCUAAGAAUUACCAUUUAAGGUUUGAUGAAAAUGGUAAUCAGAUAUCACCUAACCCCUCAAUGGAUUCUGGAAUGGUUCAUAAUACACCAACAAUAACAUCUAUUGAUAAGGGGACAAUAGUAGACGUGGCUCCAAUUGAAAAGGUUAAGAAAUCUACUGAUGAGAAAACAGCUGUUGUUGCCGUCUCAGAAAUAACAUCACCUAUGGUUCCACCAGUGAUAUCCGUGGAGGAUAAAACUGAAUCAGCUACUGUUCCGGCAAAGAAAAAGGCAAUUAAUGAUUCUACAGGUAUUAUUGUUUCAAAGGAGAAGCCUUCUAAUAAUGCUUUAAAACUGUCUCCAAAGAAAAAUGAUAUAGAAAAAGACGUUGCAGUAGAUCAAAAAUCAUCAGCAGCAUCAACACAUUCUAAACAUAAGUCUUUAAUGUCAGCAGCAUCUCAUAAAUUAAAUAAAACUAGAAAGAGUAUUAGUACUAGUGCCACCCAUCAUCAUGACCAUCCAAGCGCUAAUAAUAAUAUUAGUGUUAAUAAAUUAAAACAAAAUAAUGAAUCGGAUGAUAAGACAAAAAAGAAGAAGAAGAAAAAGGGACUGUUUGGUAAAUUAAAAGUAUAG